AUGGCAGCUAUGUCUAUCAACUGGCUGGUUUGGAGGUUAUAUGGCUUGAAAUUGGGCACAGAUUUCAACUUUGAUGGGUCCCUGCCCAGGAACAAGCAGGAUAACCGGACCAUCCCUGUUGCGGCAAUGCCUUUUCACAGAGGUAAUGUGCAGUGCUUGGCUUGGCAGAGGAUAAAAAUUUGGCAGAGGUUGAUGGCAGGCCAUUAUACAAAUUUUGCUAUGUUUUUGGAGGCAAUGUGUGGUGACUGCUCCUACAUGGUGGUCCAUCGGAGUAUUGUAAAAAGAAUUACAUCAUUGACAGAGCGAUAUUUGCAGAAGGAUUGCCCUGCCGAUGAACUUAAUUUAUUCUAUUAUGAAAUUUUUGUUAUGUUUUCGGAGGCAAUGUGCAGUAGCUUUGUGUUUUUGUGGUACUCCACUUUUAAUGCCUCAAAAAGAAAAGCACUACUCCGCCAGAGUCAUUGA